AAUCAAAUGUUAGUUUUGGGAUUAUGAAAGAAAUUAUACUAAAAGGACAACUAAAUGAUGGUUUUAUACUAUAGGGACAACCAUGCUGAAUUUUUGUUCCGUUUUGGCAAUUUUCCCUAAAAAUAAAGCGUUUCACCAAACUCGGUCUAUUUUAACAACGUUUCUGUAUAUGAAAUUUGCUUAGAGCCGCCAAAUAAAUGGUUUCAAGAAUUCCAAGUCAACGGUAAACAAGAGCACACCUUUUAAUAAAUAUCCAAUGUACUUUCCUAUAAACUAUAUCUAUAUAACAACGUUACUAAAAUUCUUUAUGUGGAAGUGCUCUUGAUCCUCCAUGGAAAGAACUCAAGAACUCUCUGUCAAUGAUCAGCAGAACGUAGAAGCACACCUAACGGACCAGGAGGAAAUGAAUACCACCAUGGAGAUCGAAUCAUCUCCCAUACCUCAACCAAAUAAUUAUAGAAGGUGGCUUCGUAUCUCCAUUUAUGUAUUCUUUGUCCUCUCCUGCCAAGCACUUUCCACAAUUCUUGGAAGAUUGUACUUUGAAAAUGGUGGUAAGAGCACAUGGAUGGGAACACUCGUCCAACUAAUAGGCUUCCCUGUUCUGUUUCUCUUCCGCUCUUUUUCCAAAAUCAAAACACCAAAAUCAAGAGAUACAAGUUUCAGAAAGUUCCCUUCCUUCAUCACCCUUGGAUCAGUUUACAUUGUCACUGGACUAUUAGUAUCUGCUAAUUCUUAUAUGUCCUCAGUGGGGUUGCUCUACUUACCAGUUUCUACUUUCUCCCUCAUCUUAGCCUCACAGCUAGCCUUCACUGCCUUCUUCUCAUACUUUCUAAACUCUCAGAAGUUCACACCUUUCAUAGUCAAUUCUUUGUUUCUUCUCACUAUCUCCUCUGCUCUCCUUGUUGUCAACACUGAUGAGUCACAAAGCGCAACAAAUGUUUCUAGAGGAAAGUAUGUGAUAGGGAUCAUAUGCACCAUUGGUGCAUCUGCUGGGAUCGGACUGCUUCUAUCUCUGGUACAACUGAUCCUCAGGAAAGUUAUAAGGAAUCAUACAGUCUCAACGGUCAUGGACUUGGUUGCUUACCAAUCUCUAGUUGCAAGCUGUGUGGUUCUCAUAGGACUUUUUGCAAGCGGGGAGUGGGAAACUUUGACAAGUGAGAUGCAAAACUACAAACUUGGGAAAGCGCCAUAUGUUUUGACUUUGGCCUCCAUAGCUAUUUCAUGGCAAGUCUACACCAUUGGUGUUGUGGGAUUGAUCUUUGAGUCGUCUUCUGUGUUCUCUAAUUCUAUAACUGCUGUGGGGUUGCCUAUUGUUCCUGUUGUGGCAGUGAUAGUUUUUGGUGAUAAAAUGAAUACGUCAAAGAUCUUCUCCAUCAUUUUGGCUAUAUGGGGUUUCAUUUCAUUCGUCUAUCAGCACUACCUAGAUGAAAAGAAGGUGAAGAUUAGCCAUACAGAUCCUGUAGGAGGUCCUCCUCUACCUGUUGAUGAAGGCCACACAAACAUACAAAUCGUAUAAUCAUGCAUGUAUCCUGUAUAGAUUAUAUGUCUUUACGUACAUUUUUAUCAUAAUGUAUAUACAAGAACUUGUAACUCUAUUUGGACAACAAUUCAGUUUUGAGUUAUAAGUAACUGAGUAAAAUGAGUAUA